GAGGGAGGGAGGCGAGAAAGAAGGAGGCCACUCCAACACGUCACCACGACCAUCCCCCCCACCCCAACAGCUGUUGCAGGCUUGAGAAGUCGGAUAAAAACUCCGGCGGAGGGAGACGGCGACGCGCACACAGACCCAGAGAUCACAACCCUCCACCGCUCCUUGUAGCAGCGGCGGCAGCGACCCGCAGAUUAGAAACAAGCGCCUUACACAGCAAAAUCAACAACAACAACCACACACACACACAACUCGCGCGUCUAUUUCAUAUCAACACCCACUCGUAUACAGACGCAAUCAUACACACACGGCAGCGCUAAAGUUACACAUCAAUAAGUUACGCGAGUUGCAUGAUGCGACGUCGCGUGUAUGGUUAGAACAGCGGCGGAGUCAUUGCCGCAUUUUGGGUGUUUGGGAAGAGCGGCGCGAGUGAAUUGUGAACGCGGAUUGGACACCGGAACGAGUGGAGAGGAUAUUAGAGAGAGAGAGAGGGGGGGGGGGGUCCGUUCCAGUGUAGCAACGGAGGUGUGCGCACCUGGCUGCCACACUGCGCCCCCUGACUGCCCCCUGGCUGCCCCCCCCUGGCUACCGGCCAAGACCCGAGGGCAUUUGAAUGGAAUGUGGGUGAUGGUCCCAGACCUCAGAGCCCUGCAAGGCAAUCCAGCAGAGGACAUUACCACCGCGCCCUCAAGACGAAACUAAAAAUUGAACCCUUUGGACUCCUUGUUUCUUCAUUCUCUGGGUUCCAGCUCCAUUCGACGCAGUCUGAGCUGCCUCCCUUCGCGGAAACGCCCUCGACCGAUCCCCGACCCGGGCGCGCACAAGGAACACGUUUCACGCCAACUCCUGUUCGCGUCACGAGAUCAGUCCAGGCAAGCGACUCGGUGCAUAGGACUCGGACAAAGGACUCUAUCCAGAGUCCUUCGUCUGUGAAGUCUCACGCUGUCUCCCUGCAGCCCCCAGAGAGUCCAGUAGUUUAUGUUGGAGGUCGAGUAGCAUUUGUAUAGUAUACAUCUUUUUUUAUAUUAAGCUGUUUCUUGGUCGACUGUCAACUCAUGUUGAUGACCACUAUGAGCAGCUCAGUCGCCACAAACCCCCGCGAGCUGGCAAUGAGAAACCCGCCCACGGAGCCCCUCAUCGGCGCGCGCCACUACAACAACAACAUCAACAACAUCGCCGUCGACGCCCCGCCGGCCCCGGGCAGCACCACGCUGACCACGGCCUUGACCUCGAGCCCCAACGCCUCCAACGGCACGCAGGGCCAGCGGCCGUCGCCGUCGAUGACCAGGAGCCCGCGGCGUCGCAGUCGCCCGCGCUUCGUCAACAAGGACGGCCGCUGCAACGUGCAGGUGACCGGCAUGGACGACCGCUGGCCGAGGUACCUCGCCGACCUCUUCACGACGUGCGUGGACGCUCGCUGGCGCGCGGCCUUCGCCGUCUUCGUCGUCGCCUUCCUGUUGUCGUGGCUCCUCUUCGCGCUCGUCUUCUGGCUGGCCGCGUGGUGGCACGGGGACACGGCGGCGCGAGGCCCCAGGGCGGCGGCGGCGGCGUCGUCGUCGGCGUCGGCGGCGGCGGCGCCGCGCCCGCCCUGCGUCACCAACGUCAACGGCUUCGUGUCGGCGUUCCUCUUCUCGGUCGAGACGCAGACGACGAUCGGCUACGGCUUCCGCUGCGUCACCGAGGAGUGCGCCGUCGCCAUCGUCGCCGUCGUCGCUCAGUCGAUCGUCGGCUGCCUCGUCGACUGCUUCACCAUCGGCGUGAUCAUGGCCAAGAUGGCCCGGCCCAAGAAGCGCGCGCGGACGCUGCGCUUCAGCGACAAGGCCGUGGUGAACGAGAGGGGCGGCAGGCGCUACCUCGAGUGGCGCGUGGGCAACCUACGGAGGAGUCACAUCGUGGAGGCGCACGUCCGCGCGCAGCUCAUCCGGACGAGAUCGGCGGAGCGUAACUACGUGGUGAUGAGGCAGGACGACGUGAACGUCGGCUUCGACACGGGCCUCGACAGAAUCUUCCUCGUGUCGCCCUACACAGUGGUGCACGAAAUCGACGAGCGAAGCCCCCUGUACGACAUGAGCAGGAGCAGCCUCGAGGCGGGAUGCGCCGGCAACGGCGGCGACAACUUAGACGGCGGCGACGACGACUACGACGACAUGGAGAUCGUGGUCAUCCUGGAGGGCAUGGUGGAGGCCACGGCGAUGACGACGCAGGCGCGCAGCUCCUACCUGGCGAGCGAAAUCCUGUGGGGCCACGAGUUCCGACCGGUGCUGCGCCAAGAGGGCGAUCACUACCGAGUGGACUACGGCCAGUUCGACGCCACGAGGGCGGUGGAGGCGCCCAUGUCGCCGUGCAGCGCGCGGGAGCUGGACGAGAGGCGGCCGUCCCUGGCGACGGGCGACCUCGAGAGCGCGACGAGCGUCGCCAGGGACAGCGUGCGGAGCAUCGACGAAACGACGCCGUUGGUGGAGGGGGUGGCGCCGCAUGGCGGGGCGGAGGAGGGGAGCGCGAUUCGGGGAAUCUCGACGACCAGGAGGACGCUCGAACCCGCGGUGUAGGUUCGGGAUUCUCGUUGUCGCUGAGCACCGAGCGAGAUUUCGAGAUUGGCGCGGGUGGGGGUGGGGACAGCGGACGCUGUAUCCUAAAAUACGAGACGGCGAACAAUUUGCCGAGCCACUGACUGAGUUGCGUGGAUGCGAUGGGUGGAGGUGGGUUGGGGGUGGGAUGGGCUU